GACUAUAGUUGCUGUCUCAGCCUUUAGCCAAAGAGUGUUUCCGGAUAGCAGAAAGAACAACUUGUUCGCAAAACUUCGUGACAUCUGUUUACCCUUUUCUGGACCAUGGCUCUCUCAACUGAGCAAGUCUAUUACUCCACUUUGAGUGCCUAUCAGAAUAUAAUGGAACAGUUCAAUCCUGGAUUACAGAAUCUGGUGUUGCUUGGGAGCAACUUUGUCAGAGCGUUUCAAACAUUGACUGGGGCAGCAAAUGCAUACUUUGCUGCGGUUGCGAAAUUUGGUGAGCAGGCAUUGAAGACAUCGUCAUCGCAGACACUGGGUCAGGUACUGUUGCAGAUGGCGGACACCCAGAGGGAGCUAAGCAAUGACUUGGAAAUCAUUUUUCGGAGGUUUAACAAUGAGCUUCUUCGGGAGAUGGAACAGAAUACUAAACUGGACAUGGAUUAUAUAACUAAAAGCAAGUACCAAUUUGAAAAGGAACACAGAAGCAGGAGUCAGAUGUUAAAAGAAGCGAAUACAGACCUGCAGAGGGUGGAGCGGAUGAGAAGCCCAUACACCAGGGAUGUGCAGGAGAAGUUCCACAGUCUCGAGACUGGCAUGCAGUCAUUCCUCCAGAACAGCUACAAGCUAGUUGUAGCCGAGGAGCGCCGUCGCUAUCGGUUCCUUGUGGAGAAACACUUCCACUUGUCCUGCAACUUCCUCAGUUUCUAUACUAAGGCGCGGGAUUCCCUUCACAACAAGAUUCCAGUGUGGAGCGAACACUCCAGUGCUGCAUCGCAAGGCAACACCUCCAGCAGAGCCAGCCCACGCAUCUCAACAGUGCCUCUCAACAUGAAUGAUGCUUCCAAUUUCAACAGCAUCUCGAAACGUAGCUUUAUAUCCAGCCCUCAGCCUUUGAGAAAAUGGAGUGAGUUAAAUGGUGAGCUGUCACUGUUUCCAAAUCCCGAGCUGUCGAAACCAGGAGAAAGGAGCCCUUCCAUGAGACUGAACUCUAUUGGUGGCCUGUCGAAUUGUGGACCUCAGGGGACCAAGGUCAAUGCAAUGACCGGUACUACAGUCCGGGCAGUCAUCUCCCAUUCUGCUGCAGGAAAUCAGAGUUUGCUAAGUUUUGAGAAAGGUGACAUCAUCUUGAUAUUGGUGCCAGAGUCAAAGAAUGGCUGGUUGUUUGGAAAGCUUGAAGGAACAUCUAAACAGGGCUGGUUCCCGCUCUCAUUUGUACAGCCUUUCCAAGGAGAGAUUCGGUCACAUGAGACAACACUCAGGCCAUUUCCCUUGAGGAGCAGUCGAAGUGCUGAGAAUCUGCUGGAGCCCAGGGAGCAGUACAUGUUACCCCGGGUAGACUACAGCAGUUUGGCUGCAAGCAAGGUCCCUGCCCCACCGCCUCUGCCCUACGAUACAUCCCGGAGUCAGAGCCCGGCUCCACCAAACCAAAGGAGCCGGCGGAACAGCACAGUCAGCCUGGCCGUGUCAGAGGGUGGCCAAAGCAGAAUCUUUGGUGGUCCAUAUAACCAGCCCGAGAUUUUUCCAAGGGGAACCAAUCCAUUUGCCACCGUGAAGCUGAAGCCAACUGUCACGAAUGAUCGGUCGAUGCCUCUCAUCCGAUAGAGCAGCUGAUGUGGAUAUGGUGAAGAAUUAACUCAGCUGAACUUUACGUCCACAACAAGAGCAUGAUCACUACCAUUGCCUCUUUCCAAGGCUUUCUUGGGACUAAAGUGUUUAAAUCCCAAAGGAAAAUAAAAAUGAAUAUAAGAGG